AUGGCCAUCAAAACGGAUAUGAGUAAGGCUUAUGAUCGGGUGGAAUGGCAUUUUGUCGAACACCUGCUCAGGAAGUUUGGUUUUUGUGAGAAAUGGAUCUCUUGGAUUAUGUGGUGUGUGACGUCGGUACAAUAUAGGGUCUUGAUUAAUGGCCAUCCUCAUGGCUCCAUUGUUCCUCAUCGGGGGUUGAGACAAGGGGAUCCGCUGUCGCCCUAUCUUUUUAUUCUGUGUACGAAGGUGCUUAUUGCUCAUUUUCGGCGAGCAGAAGAGGCGAAGCUUAUUACUGGUAUACGGGUUUCCAAUGCAUGUCCUGCUAUCUCUCAUUUGUUAUUUGCGGAUGAUAGUUUGUUUUUCUGUCAGGCUACAAGGGAGCAAUAUGGGGUGGUGUUGCGGAUUCUUAAGCAACAUGAAAGGGUUUCUGGUCAGCAAAUCAAUUUCCAAAAAUCCUCGGUCCAAUUUGGACAUACAGUGGAAAGUGGAUUUCGGGAGGAAUUAAAGGGAUUUUUGGGCAUAACAACUCUGAGUGGGAUGAGUUCGUAUUUAGGUAUUCCUGAGAGUCUAGGUGGUUCUAAGACGAAAAUUUUUUCAUUUGUUCAGGAUAGGCUGCAGGCACGGGCUAGUGGUUGGCCGGCUCGUUUGUUAUCUAAAGGGGGUAAGGAGGUAAUGAUUAAAUCAGUAGCUACGACGAUUCCUACCUUUGUGAUGACAUGCUUUAAGUUGCCAAAAACGGUAACGAGGAAAUUAACUAGCGCUAUCUUGAAAUAUUGGUGGAGUUUGUCUGGCCAAAUGAGGGGGCUGCAUUGGAUUGGUUGGGAUAUGUUGUGUUGUAUCAAAAAUGAUGGGGGACUCGGUUUCAGGUGUUUAGAUGACUAUAACACGGCUCUGCUUGCCAAACAGCUUUGGAGGCUGAUUACGGUCCCCGAUUCUCUAUUUGCACGGGUGUUUAAAGGUCGCUACUAUCGACAUUCUGAUUCGUUGGAUCCAAUUAAAUCUUACUCGCCGUCUUAUGGGUGGCGGAGUAUAGUUUCUGCUCCCUCUCUGGUAAACAAAGGACUAAUUAAACGAGUAGGUUCUGGUGCUUCCAUUUCUGUAUGGACUGAUCCAUGGAUCCCUGCUCAAUCCCCGAGACCAGCACUGAGUACAGGGUCGUCUUAUGAUCCUCUGCUUCCAGUUUCAAAUCUUAUUACCAGGAGUUCUAAUACAUGGGAUAUGGCUCAGCUUAUGGCUACGUUUGUACCGGAAGAUGUUGCUAUAAUUUCUGCCAUACCUUUGCGUCUACCAGAUAAACCGGAUUUUUUGGGUUGGCAUUUUACUACGUCUGGUAGGUAUUCGGUCAAAUCAGGUUAUCAUGUUCUUCGUUCAAAUACGUCGGCUACUGAACCGACAGUAUUUGGACCAGACAUCGCACCUCUCCGGGCGUUUGUGUGGAAAAUUAGGUGUCCACCGAAGCUUCGUCAUUUUUUGUGGCAAGUGUUUUCGGGUUGUGUGGCAGUUACCGCUAAUCUGCGGAAGCGUGGAAUUAGUGGUGAUGCUAUGUGUGGACUUUGUGGACUUCAGGAGGAGACGAUAAAUCAUACCCUCUUCGAAUGCCCGCCGGCCAAGCAGGUUUGGGCUUUGUCGCAGUUUCCGACGGGCCUGGCCCGCAAUGAUAAACUUUUCAGUAAUCUGGAUUCGAAUCCCCUUGUGAUCCUACGGAUAGCAGAGGAUGAGGCAAAAACAUGGGCUCUGGCUCAGUCCGAGGACAUGAUAUUAGUCCCAGAAAAUCCAGGUGUUCCAGGUGGCAGCCGGGGAUUAGGGGUUCCCAGGUCUCUCUCGAGUUAUAUGUGUUUUUUUAUGGUUCUUGGAAAGAAACGGAUUGCUAUGCGGGUAGAGGAUGGUUUUGUACGUUACCCUUGGGCGACGUUCCCACUAUGGGAGCAGCCAACUUUCGUCGUAGCCUUCCCCUCUUCAUGCAAAGCUCGAAGCUCUUGUUUGGGCUAUGCGUUGUAUGAUUGGAGCGGAUAA